AUGCAUUUCAAGAAAAAAUCCUCCCGACUAUCCUUCUUAUCAUUUCCCUGCUCCUUCCGCCGCCAAGGGGCCUUAGAAGAACCGGCACCGCCAACACCAAAUCCAUACAUUCCCACAUACGCUGCGCGCUCAUUUACCUCGUCGACAACACCGGUGCCACUCGAGCAGCGGUACUACACCCGGCAGAAAAAAGAUGAUGGAACAACGCGAUUGGAAAUCCUGCAACCCGACGGAAGGAACAAUAAAUCUAUCCCCUUCACAUCCAAAAGCUUUCUCUAUUCUGAAACCUCAUGCGGCUUUCCGACGAUCCCGUUUUCUAUCGCUGCAUUUCACGUCUUCCUGACUUCUGGGCCCAAGGUUCGAUGA